AUGUUAUUUGGGUUACUCAUAAUUGCGACACUCCGCGGCCAAGACGGCCCCACAAGCGCGCUGCGCGGCACCACCGUGACGGCCCCGCGGUCUAGCACGUCGAUCCCGCUAUCAACAAUCCGCAAGGCCUAUGCCAUGAGUCAAUGCGGAUCCGUCCCUCGGAGGGCUUGCGCUUUCAUUGGGGAUUCGCGGCGCGUGCUGGUGCCGCCCGUCUGGCCGCGGCCGCCCACGGCGCGUGACGCACCGCUUCCCGCGAAAUCGCGAACUGGAUCGCCAAAGGGCCGCCGCUCACUCACCGCCCAGACGCAUAGGCUCGCGAACGCACGCCUCGCAUUUUUGCGUGACGCGCCACCC